AUGAACCCAUUCCGGUCGACUGUAUCACGUCUCUGGGGCUCCUCUCUGGCCAUGUGCAAGACUAUGCAAAGCAUGGCAGCAGCCACCCUGGUGAACGAUUUUCCAGAAUUCGGCCCCUUGGGACAACGCAUGCGCAACGAAGCAGUAGAGAUCAUUUUCAAGGAGACUACCAUGGACGACAAGUCCCUGUUGGCUCUGCUUAUGCUGGGCCAGACCGCUAGUUGGCACGAUUCAAAAGAUUUAGGCGUCUCCUUUUUCAACCUCCUUCGCAAGCAUCUGGACGUCAAGGCCGCCGAAACUGCAAGCCAUAAUCGCGGUAAUAACCACCAAUUCUUCGAGGAGGCUCUCGUCUACUGGGAGAUGCUUCUGUCGUUUGUCGCAGACGACUCGGCCGUGUUGUCUGGGAAAUCUGCCUCGGGAAUCGGUGAAUCAGUCGUCCUACAGCGAGUGCCCCAUCCUUGGACGGGGAUUGCCCGCGAUACCCAGUUCACCGUACAAGAAGUAGGAAGGUUAAUUCGCGCAGAGAGGAAGAGAGUUCGAGCCAGGAACUUCACCUCUCAGGCAGACAUCGACCGAGCGCAGAUGGCCAUUACGAGGGCUCGAGAGCUGGAAGAAAGGCUACUUGGCCUCGCUCAUCCCACGGAGGGUGAAAUCGUCAGUCCUGGCGACGAGGAGACACCAGUUUGGCAUCUUCUCACCAUGGCUGAGGUGUACCGCUGUACAGGCCUCCUGCAGCUGUAUAGAGUUUUCCCCGAUCUACUUCGUCAUCGACUCCCUUCCAAUGAGGCAUUGACUUCGCAGACAGACCAACAAUCGUCCGCUACUGCUCCACGCGACCCUUUCUUCUGCUUGGACCCCGACUUAAAUCUCGAGGGCAUGGCCUGGUUCUCCGACUGUCCAUUCACACAGCCAGAAAGCAAUGUGCCAUCAGAGCCAGCAGCAUCAAGCACAACCCACUCUGAUUCUUAUUACAGCAGCUGGUUGACAGAAUUUGCACUCACCACUCUGUCCCGCCUCAAGACCAUUCCUCUCGAAUCCCGUACCAGAUGUCUCCAACCAUUUCUGCUCGUCGCAUCAAGUAGCGAACUUCGCCUGCCACGUGUAACGCCGACGGAAAUCCCUCUAGACGUAGAUGGGCCCCAUCUCUCAUCGCAUGCCAUCGAGGUUUCCAGGACGCGCCGCUUCGUUCUCGGACGGUUGACCUCCUUCAUGCAUGUCCUGCCUCCGAAGCCGAUCAGCGUCUGCCUUCAACUUGUGCAAGAGGUGUGGAGACGAAUGGAUGCGGGGGACAGCAACGUAUACUGGAUGGAUGUCAUGAUUGAGAAGGGCUGGGAGACGACAAUGGGUUGA